UCGUAGGGUCGCCGCGCGGAACUUGCCGGGAGGCGCUCCCCCCCCCUCCCCCAACGAUGCCCCAUUUCUGGCUCGCUCUCAGGGGGGCGCUUGUGGAAUAUUGGGCCGGGCUCCUGCUUUGCCUCUUUGGGAUUCGCGGCGCGCAUGGGAUGCCCCAUGUCAUCCGGAUCGGAGGGAUUUUCGAGUACGCAGAUGGCCCCAACGCCCAGGUGAUGAGUGCCGAGGAACAAGCCUUUAGAUUUUCUGCCAAUAUUAUCAAUAGGAAUAGAACGCUGUUGCCUAACACAACAUUGACCUAUGACAUUCAGAGGAUACACUUCCAUGACAGUUUUGAAGCCACUAAGAAAGCCUGUGACCAGCUUGCCCUGGGGGUGGUAGCAAUAUUUGGGCCUUCUCAAGGCUCCUGUACCAAUGCGGUUCAGUCUAUUUGCAAUGCCCUGGAAGUCCCCCAUAUACAACUGCGAUGGAAGCAUCACCCUUUGGAUAACAAGGACACUUUCUAUGUCAACCUUUACCCCGACUAUGCUUCUCUCAGCCAUGCCAUUCUGGACCUUGUACAGUAUUUGAAAUGGAGGUCAGCUACCGUUGUGUAUGACGACAGUACAGGCCUGAUAAGGCUGCAGGAGCUUAUCAUGGCCCCAUCAAGGUACAACAUCCGACUGAAGAUCCGCCAGCUGCCCAUCGACACGGAGGAUGCAAGGCCCCUGCUGAAAGAGAUGAAGAGAGGCCGGGAAUUCCGCAUCAUCUUCGACUGCAGCCACUUGAUGGCAGCUCAUAUCCUCAAACAGGCCAUGGCGAUGGGAAUGAUGACCGAAUACUACCACUUCAUCUUCACCACUCUGGAUCUUUAUGCAUUAGACCUAGAACCAUAUCGCUACUCUGGAGUGAACCUGACUGGCUUCCGGAUCCUCAAUGUGGAGAACCCUCAUGUGGCUGCCAUCACUGAGAAAUGGUCGAUGGAGCGGCUACAGGCCGCACCCAGAGCAGAGACCGGACUGCUCGACGGGGUGAUGAUGACAGAUGCUGCCCUGUUGUAUGAUGCCGUUCACAUCGUCUCCGUGUGUUACCAGCGAGCCCCGCAGAUGACCGUUAAUUCCCUGCAGUGCCAUCGGCAUAAAGCCUGGAGGUUCGGGGGUCGCUUCAUGAAUUUUAUCAAAGAGGCCCAAUGGGAAGGAUUAACCGGGCGUAUUGUCUUCAACAAAACCAGUGGGCUCAGGACAGAUUUCGACUUGGACAUCAUCAGCCUCAAAGAAGAUGGUCUUGAAAAGGUUGGAGUGUGGGACCUGUCUGACGGUUUGAACAUCACUGAAGUUUCCAAGGGACGAGGGCCCAAUGUCACAGACUCACUAACCAACAGAUCUCUUAUUGUCACCACUGUCCUGGAAGAGCCCUUCGUCAUGUUCCGGAAGUCAGACACAGCCCUCUUUGGGAACGACCGCUUCGAAGGUUACUGCAUUGACCUCCUGAAGGAGCUGUCCCACAUCCUGGGCUUCACCUACGAUAUCCGCCUGGUGGAGGAUGGGAAAUAUGGCGCGCAGGACGAGAAGGGGCAGUGGAACGGCAUGGUCAAGGAACUCAUCGACCAUAAAGCUGAUCUGGCUGUUGCUCCUCUCACCAUCACCCACGUCCGGGAGAAAGCGAUAGACUUCUCCAAGCCUUUCAUGACAUUGGGGGUCAGCAUUCUGUACCGGAAGCCCAACGGGACCAAUCCCAGUGUGUUUUCCUUCCUCAACCCCUUGUCUCCUGACAUUUGGAUGUACAUUCUCCUCGCCUACUUGGGGGUCAGCUGUGUGCUGUUUGUCAUAGCCAGGUUCAGCCCCUACGAGUGGUACGACGCUCACCCCUGCAAUCCGGGGUCAGACAUCGUGGAGAAUAACUUUACUCUGCUCAACAGCUUCUGGUUUGGAAUGGGAGCGCUAAUGCAGCAAGGGUCUGAACUGAUGCCCAAAGCGCUGUCUACACGGAUCAUUGGCGGCAUCUGGUGGUUCUUCACACUCAUCAUCAUCUCGUCCUACACAGCCAACCUUGCUGCCUUCCUGACUGUGGAGAGAAUGGAAUCCCCCAUCGACUCGGCAGAUGAUUUGGCAAAGCAAACGAAAAUAGAGUAUGGAGCUGUGAAGGAUGGAGCGACUAUGACCUUCUUCAAGAAAUCCAAAAUUUCCACUUUUGAAAAGAUGUGGGCGUUCAUGAGCAGCAAGCCAUCAGCACUCGUUAAAAAUAACGAGGAAGGAAUCCAGCGAGCCCUUACUGCAGAAUAUGCCCUGCUAAUGGAGUCAACCACUAUUGAAUAUAUCACACAAAGGAACUGCAACUUGACCCAGAUUGGAGGGCUGAUUGAUUCCAAAGGCUACGGGAUCGGAACUCCCAUGGGGUCGCCGUACCGGGAUAAGAUCACCAUUGCCAUUCUCCAACUCCAAGAGGAAGACAAGCUGCACAUUAUGAAAGAGAAAUGGUGGCGAGGGAAUGGCUGCCCUGAGGAGGAGAGCAAGGAGGCCAGCGCUCUGGGGAUCCAAAACAUCGGCGGGAUUUUCAUUGUCCUAGCAGCGGGCUUGGUGCUUUCGGUCUUCGUGGCCAUGGUCGAGUUCAUCUACAAGCUGCUCCAAACAGCAGAGCGUGAGCAGCGCUCCUUCUGCAGUGCCAUGGCCGACGAGAUCCGACUGUCGCUCACCUGCCAGCGGAGGGUGAAACACAAAGCCCAGCCACCCCUCAUGGUGAAGACGGACGCCGUGAUCAACAUGCACACGUUCAACGACAGACGGCUACCAGGGAAGGAUAACAUGACGUGCAACACUGGGCUGACACCUGUGUUUCCAUAGGAAAUCAGGGGGUGGGGUCGAGGGAGGGAAUUGCUGGAGACGGGGUUGGAUGCUCUCUCUGCUAGGGAGGAAGGGAUAAAUAUCCUGGUUUGGUUCAGUUUCAAGAACAAGGCCUUGUCCACAACUCCAUCAGUCGCCUGAACAGAAACGGGAACUUGAAAGCAUGGACUGUAACCUGGUUUCAUUUUUUUUAAAGGCUUAGAUCCUUUAAGCCUCAUGGAGUCCACACCCACUACACAUCCAGGAGUCUGAUGUUUACAUAUUGAACACACAUGGAGGCAAGCGAGAAUCAAGCUGGACUGACUCUUAGUGGAUGAUAAGGAACCCCCUCCCCCGCCUUCCCCGAAACCCCAGGCUUCCUUUAGCAUGGCAAUAAAAAAAAAGAAACAUUUUGUGAGUAUAUUACAGCUGUGGAGUGAACGACAGGCCACAUGUGCAUCUAUUCCAAACUGGCGUACGCAGCACAUUUAGAAGAGAAUGACCGGGAAGGGAGAAAAAUAUAAAUAAAUAAAAUGAUUGUCAAGGCUCGUGCCUUCUCUUGAAGCAGUCCACCAUGACCUCUUACCUCAAUGCUGUGCUGGCUUCUUGUCGUCGAGAGCGGGAAGUCCACGUGGACGUGUGCUGUGAAAAGGGGUGUGGAAAUCCAGCGGAGUCAGACAACUAGCUGAGAAGGGGUGAGCGAUCUUCAACGUGCUCCCAGACACAGGGCAGGGGAUGUAGGUAGUGUGCCAAAAACGGCUGCCAUCUGGAAACAAAAAACAAAAUCCCAGGGUGCCGGUUCCCCCUGUACUGCCCAAGUGGGAUUGAGAUCUUAUUUACAACCAGCUCCUUCCCAGCCUGUAGGAAGGCCAUGUUCUCUAGACAAAUGUUUAGACUUCAGCAUUAACAAGAAAGGAAAGUGAGGGAGCUGCUUCUGGGAAGCUAAUGGGUUGGUCUACGCCAGCAGUGUAAGCCCAGGUUUAGUAGAACUCGAGUUAGCAGACCCUGGGUUUGUUCACCUAGGGCUUGAGUGUCUACACUUGUUUGUUACCCCCAGUUAGGAAUUCUUGCACUUUGAGUUCCAGUCUGGGGCUGCAGUAUCUACAAGCAUUAUGUGGGAUCGAGUCCAACCCCCCAUAUCCCAAACUUCUUAGCAGCCCCCUGUAUCCCUGGCCCCUACAAUGCAACCAUUCUAGCCAUUUGUUUGUGGUGCAGUGUGGGAAAACUCAACUGACCAGAGGACAAAGAAAGCCAGCCCAUGGAACUGUGGGAUAUGGCUGGCAGACUCCCAGAAUGCAUGUCCAGUGAGGCUGCAUCUAUACUACAAAGCAACUGUGGACCCCUGAGUCCCACCUUGAUUCAGGCUUGGACCCUUCCUGAGGUCCUGGUCAAAGACCUGGGUUAAUGUGGCUUGUAUGUAGACAAACACUGGGUUUAGGCUUGAAUCUGAGUUCAAACCCUGGGCUUACAUUGCAAUGCAGACACACCAAAUGUUACUAACUCCCUCAAGUUUGAUGGUGGUGAGUUACAGCUGCAUCUGCUUCAUAUUCCUGACAGGCAGGGUGGGCCGGGUUGCUUGUUUGGUUUAACUUAGUGUUUAAUUCGGAGGUUUUGUGGGACAUCCCUGAGUUGCAAAGGAGAUCGUGGGUCAAACAGCCCCCUAGAGGAGCCAGACUGUGGCACUCACUGUUGCUCUCCCAACGCACUCGCUAUCCGACCACACAACCGCAUUGUCAUUCGACUCUUCCAAAAAAAAACCAAAAAGCCACCAAACUUACAAGAAACUUCCCUUUCAAACAUUCUCUGUGAAAAGCACUUUGGAUCUUUAGCAGCAACCCGGGAGAGGAGGAGAGGGGGAGCUUGUCCCAUAAGACUGGUCUCACAGAUGCAUUCAGUCAGAAUUACCAAAGACGUGUGGGCUGAGUGCUUAAGGGGUUUUUUUUUCUUUCUGCCCCCCCAGCCCCUCUGAGCAGCUCCUAGCAGCGUUCAAUGUGACAUCUCACUGGCGUAUUUCCUUCCUGGCCCUUUGCAGACCCAAGGAUAGGCAGGACCGGGCAGAGAGACUUUUCCAAAACGUUGUGAUGAAUGUGCUGAAAAUACGAGUUCCGGGAUUUGACGCUGCCUGAUUAUGGGGAGGAUUUAGGGUGGGGGAGAACAGUGCUCAGCCUCCUCUUUUAAUGCCACCUCGCUAGAGAUCUGCCACAGGAACUCACUGCACCUUCCAUUCUCUCCCUCCAGAGCAGAGGGUAAUCCUCAAGGCUAAUGUUCCCUCCCACAUACAGGGACAACACGAAGCUUAUGCACCACUUAAGUCCUAUUUUGAGGGCUUUAGCAGGGCUUUAAGUAAUGCCUUGUGCUUGGUCUCUUCACGGGGUAAAUCUCACCCUACAUCGUGUGAACUUAGGAAGGUUUUGUGGCUGCAGCAGGAGUCAGUUGCUAAACUAAUCCAAUUUUUCAUGUUCUUAUUUAGAGACAUUUUUAGAGACUUUUCCUGACCCUCAAAAGAACAAAUCUGUUUGAAGUUGCAGUCUCAGGCACAUUACAAUUUUUGCGCUUUCUUUCUUUCUUUCUUUCUUUCUUUCUUUCUUUCUUUCUUUCUUUCUUUCUUUCUUUCUUUCUUUCUUUCUUUCUUUCUUUCUUUCUUUCUUUCGUUUAGUUGUCAGGGUGGUGGAGUUCAGGGUGAAUUAGCACAUUUGCUCCGGGGAGAAUGCUGGCUGUUUUUCACCAGAGAACAUCCUGUGGUUUGGUCUGUUCCCUCCAAGGAAAAAGGCAAUGUUUUAUCUUGAAAUCCAUGUGUACGUUUGCUUGCAUCUGACCCUGAUCAAAAUUAGCCAUUCGGCAGAGAAUUCACCACUAUUCUCACCUUUUCUUUUCCUAAAUGCUAUGGAAAGCUGGAGGUGAAAUUUACUGUGCGUGUCACAUUCUUGCAAGUUUAGUGACCAAGGGUGAAAUUCACCCCUGUGCUUUGCCAUGCACCAUCUAAGUCCCACUUUGACCCUCAAACCAGGCAGUAGAGGAUCCAAGGGGGACAUAAGUGAGGUGCAGGUUGUAUGCCAGCCUCCAUCAGAGAAGGAAACACCAUCCCGAGAGCAAUUCUCUGGCUGCGGACUCCCAGAAAGCAGCACCCUUUCACUGUGACAGGAUAGGGUGAUGUAGCCAUUUUUCCCUGGCCACCUCUUAACCAACAUCUAUCAUCAUUCCCAGCAAGAGCGCCAUUUCAGGCAUGUGUGGGAGGCGGGGGCGGGGGCAGCAGCCGUGUGCUCCAGGACGUGGCUAGCUUUUCAUCCCAUUUCCCGGACGCUAAGGGAGUGAAGGGAAAGUGCCCGCAUUCUGCGCAUGAAAGGAGCUCACGGGCCAGGUGUGAGAGGAAUGCACAGAGUGCAAGCUCUUUCCCCUCACUCCCUUAGAAUCCAGGGAACGGGAUGAAAAGCUAGUCGCAUCCUGGAGCGCACUGCUGCCCCGCAGAAGCGCCCAAAAUGGCGCCCUUGAUUCCCAGCCUCACUCCCGCUGAAUUUAGACCUCUGACUUUCAAAACAUGGCUGGCUUCUAAUUCAAGUUUUGAUCUAAAGAGGUUGGAUCCCAACAGUAGCAUCCCCUUUGUCACUAAUAAAUGAAGAAAGGUACCAAGAGCAGAAGGUGGGGUGGAAAAAGUAUCUCCCUCUCCCAGCUCUAAUUGUUUACUUUCUCCAUCUCUUUGCACCUUUGGAGGCAGUUAAGACAGGCGCCUUUUAGACUUUCUCCUGGGCUUUUCAAGAUCUUAGAAAUAGAUGUCAGGAUCAAGGGGAAGUUAAAAGCAAAGCAGAAAUCCUGCUGGAUUAAAAACUAAAAAACAACAGCGCUCCCCUAUGUCCCCCCCUCCUUGAAAUGCUCCAGCAGGUGAUGAAUAACAAGAGGUUGUAUUAAAUAGCAGCCAUUUCACUCCUUAGGAGAUUAUUUAGAAAAAAGUAAACUUAACCAACCCCCUUUACUUAUCACAAUCACUGCAAUGAGUGAGUUUCUGUCACUGGUGUCCCACAUUUCCAGGAGACCCUAUGGAAUUACCAGUCCUUGCUACCAGCAAGGAAAAGUCCCUGUAGAUUAGCCUUUUUGCUGCUAUUUCCACAAUUACGGGAAAUUGGCCAGGACAGAAUAGCCCCAUUUCAUGCUUCUAAAUGUUUGACAUCCUGAGUAUGAAAGCAGUGUCCAUAUUCUGCAGAGAGCAACUGUUCCGCCGGGCUGGAAAUCCUGGUGGCAUGAGGAAGCAAUAGCCAGAAGCCACACACAUGGGUGUGCAGAUUAGCAACAGACUGGACAGCAGAACCGCAAGAAGCCCUGAAAAUCCUUCCUGUGUGCCUGUGGUCGAGGGGGCGUGUGUAAAUAGCAAAGGGGUGGUGUGGGAUGCAGAGAGAUAUACGUUAGUUAAUCUCUAAUUGUUGAAAAGUGGACGGGGAGGUGGAACCUCUCCUGUAAUCCCCACCCCGCACAGCAGCAUUGCAGACUUCAUCUCCUCGCCCGCUGUUCCCCGCCUCCAGAGCAGAUUCUCCUAGGCUCGGCUGCCGAGGUGCCAAGGAGGUUUCCUCGCCGGUGAGGUCCGUCCUACCCACCCACGUCUGUAUCAUCCCACAACGUAUCCUCCCAUCAGCUCUCCUCUCAUUAUAUAGCGAGAGACAGACAUGCACACACGCCUAAAAAGUAUAUAGUGUAAAAGUAUCCAAGACACAAAGGUUUUUUUAAAUAUGUAUAUAAUCUCAGAAGGCCAUCAUAUUUUUCUAGUGCCACCUGGCAAUGAUCCACAAAAACCACAGGAUGCACAGGCAGGUUAGAAGUCUGCUUGUCUCCUCGGCCCACCCCAACACAAAGAGAUCUUAGGUAGGGCCAGAGGCAGUCCGUGGAGCCUGGAUGGCAACUGUAGAAACCCGGCUCUGCUCAUUUGGUUUAGCAGCUUGCAAUUUCAGGCUCCUCCGAAUGCCCUGGCUGCACCUCAUGGUUACUGAUUAAUCCCAAUUCCCUUCUUUGAGCUACAGAUACUGGGUCAAAUUCCCAGCCAGUGUAAACCAGUUUUGCUCUUGAUUUCAAAGAAUGUCACCAAUUUACACCAGCUGAGGAGACAGCCCGUUACCUUUAUUUUAGGGGGAGGCGAGUUCCCUGACAUUAAAGUGGUCAUUUCAACCAAAAUUUAGGAAAGGGGCAAUAUCCUUUCUAAUCUCUGUUGUACUGGUGGAAAUCUGAGUAGCGUUGCUUUCAAGGUUGUCUGCCUUUACCAUUGGUAUAGCUGAGAUAAGAAUCGAUGCCCUUGCCCCCACUAAUCGGUGGGGUGCAUCGUGUCGUUGGGCGUUGCACCGUGUCCUCUCCGACUGUGAGGAAGUUGUGAAGUAGGCGCUAAAGACACAUUUGAAAGGAAAUGGGAUGGGUAGAAAAUUUAAUGCAAACGAAAAAUCCUUUGCAAAUCAUUUUCACCCAUACCCACACAUUCUUGUACAUGUUUCUUAAAUACACGUCACAAAGUAAUUAACGUCCACUGCAUAGAAAUCAAGAACACACAUUUUGGGGGUGGGAGAAGGUAUGGAAAAAAGUUGAUAUAAAAUGCUGCUGGUUUAGUUCAUUAUCACUCUUACAAUAUUUGAUUUCUCUUUCUGAGUCUCUUGUAAGACCAAUGAAGUAAUCCAAGGAUGGGUUGAUUUAGGGUUUUGCCCUGGCUAAAAACUCCCAAACUGUUUGUAUGAUAAAAAUUGGGUAAUUUAUUUAUUUUAUUUGUUUGUUUGUUUUGUUUUGGCUAAUUUCAAAUGUAAAUUUCCAGCACCUAACACUCAGCCUACCCAUUCAUCAAGAGAUUGAAUAUGCAAAGGGGGAAGGUGGGAUAUGUUUCAAGAUAGUUAUUGUUCUCUCAGUGCUGGGGUUGGGUCAGAAAUGCUAUAGUAUGUUUCCAUGGUAGAGGUUGCUUGCCAGGGUAGAGCCCCAGUAUUUUUCCCUUUCGCAGACUUCAGCACAGUUUUGGCAUGUGAAUGACAGCACUAGGAAGUCAUUAUGCAGCAUUCCUGAUCUCACAAAGUUGGAGCCAUGUGUUAUGUGCCAAUCUACUGUGGGAGACCAGGUUGAACCAUACAUAACAUGUUUUUUGGUUCAAUCACAGCUCCCUUGCUCUGGAAAGCUAUGACUGGGCCUUGCAAGUUAAAGCCAGUCUGCCUGGAUGAUACAGAUUUCUGAGCAUUGUUGUAGAAUGCCCUUUGCUGUCUAUAAUUUUCUUUGACAUGUUUCUCAAAAAAAAAA